UUUGCCUAUCACUCCUCGCGCCCAGUCAAUCUCCCCAUCUCCUCGGCCUCGGCAAUAGUCUCCUUGCCAAUCUCCAUCCCGCGAGCAGCCGUCCCGACGUCCUGCUGCUUCCGCCCCCGUGCCCUACGCUCAUCCUCUUUAUUUCCCAUCUUCUGUUGUAGAUCUGGGAUAUUUUUUCGCUUUGUCUCAAUCCUAGUACUAAUAAAAGGUUUCCCCCCAAAAAGAAAGAAAUAUCUGGUGCCCCUGGCAUCCUGUACGGACCGGUAGAUCGGCAUGUCAGCGGCCAUGGUGGCGUGCAGCGGCAAGCGCCGGCGGCGGACGGCCACCACUCAUGCUGGUCGGGACUCAUCGUCGUGGGCUUCUCUGGCGGAGGACCUGGUGAGCCUGAUAGGCUGGCGGGUGCUGGCUGGAGAUGUGCGAGACUACAUCUGCUUCCGCGCCGCGUGCCACCACUGGCGCUCCUGCACCGCCAGCCCGUGCGGCCGCGGCGUCGUGGUCCCGCGCUUCCACCCGCGGCGGUGGAUGAUGCUCCCCGAGGGGAACGGUCUCUACCCGGGCCACGGCAAGCUGCGUGGCUUCGUCCGCUUCUUCAACCUCUCCACCGGCGCUUUCGUCCGUCUCAGGCUGCCCAUCGCCCGCGACGACCACCGCAUCCUCGACUCCGUCGACGGCAUCCUCCUCCUGCAGCGGAACCGUGACACCGCGGUCCGUCUUCUCCACCCCUUCACCGGCGACAUCGUCGACUUCCCGCCGCUGGACACCUUGCUGCCGUACGCGAGCCGCCGGUCGGAGGAAUAUCUCAGAGAUGUCGCUGCUGCCUCCAUCACACCAUCAGCUGAUGACGAUCAAGCCGUCUUGCUUAUGAUAUGGUUAUCCCGCACGGUGCGCGUAGCCUUCGCCGCCUCUGGGGAUAGGCAGUGGAGGGUGUCGAGCUGGUCCAUGUACCAAGCCUAUACUCCAUUGCCAUUCCAAGGCAAGCUAUACAUGUUGGAUCAAGCCACGGCUUAUGGUGGACCUGAGGUCUUGCAGAUAGACCCACCCCUGCAACUGCAGCUGGAAGGGACGACGGAGCUCUCGCUGCCACCACCAAAAUCGAUCGCCAAAUGCCCAGCAAGGACACCUGACUCGUUCUUUCUCUACCAUUUGGUAGAAUGUGACUCUGACAUUCUGCUGGUCACCUUUGGUGUUAGUGUGUAUGCACAGAUUUCAGUUUACAGACUAGCUGAUCUUAUUUCGGGAACAACUGUCCCGGUGACUUGCAUCGGUCGCAAUUCCCUUUUCCUUGGUGAUAGGAAUCUCUGUGUCAGCUCCAAGGCGUUUCCUACCAUUGUGGGUGAUGCCAUUGUGUUUUACCAUCAGAAGGAGAAUUAUCUUGCACAAUACCACCUCAGAAGAGGCACAUUGUCACCUACAUCGGAUGGAUGUAUCUUUGCGACUAAUAUGCCAAGUCCUAGUAGCAUCAUUCACCAUAUCUACACCUGUUGCUUUCGUACACAAUGGACCAAGGGACAUUUAAUGUUUCAAAGGGAGAUCAGGGCAUGGCAGAUGAAACGGAAGUAGGGAUAGACGGGGUAAGUCUUGCCUCCGGUGCAAUGAUUCUGCUUGAGUGUAUGCAUUUUUGGCUUCUACUAUGCACCCAACUCCCAAUACAGCUGAUUGAUCAAUUUAUUAAUUAUUGAGUCUUUUUCCUAGUAUUAAAGUGAAAGCAAGAUGGCUGCAGAGCUUUGCAUUUUAAUUAGAUAUUAUGCAACUAUCUGGGCACACAUUUCUCGAUUGGGGUUUGCAAAUCUUCGUGAGACCCUACAAGUGUAUAUAUUAUUACUAAGGCUAUGGUUAGAUUCUAACUUUUUUUUCUUUAAACUUUUAACUUUUCCAUCACAUCGUUCCAAUUUCUUCAAACUUCUAACUUUUCCAUCACAUCGUUCCAAUUUCUUCAAACUUCUAAUUUUGGCGUGGAACUAAACACAGCCUAACAUUGAUUGCCUAUUUUUGUUGAGAUACACUGAAAAAACACUUAAUUUGUGUAAUUGUCUUAUGAUGAACUGUGUCGUGUAAACAACUUGCUUUCUUCUAAUUGUAUGACGUGCAAUCUUUUGCAUGUUUGCGAGAAAAAAAUAUACUGUGCAUAUUAGUUACAAUUAUUAUUAUGCAUAAGAUGAAUUAAUACUGCGACGGCGCCUCUACCUCUGCCGCUGGCCACUAUGGUGCUGAUGCCUGGGGAUCUGCCGCCGGCUCACCCCAGGCGUGCGGAUCCGCCGCGGCUCGCCUUCUCGCCGCCUCCACCACUGGCUGCAACGGACGUCGCUGAC